AUGUCUACGGGUGUCAAUCCACUACCUAAAGCCCUAUCCGAGAAAGCACUUGUCCCAGAGCUUCUGGAGAUGUACUUGGAGAACAUGACCACACAGACCAAUGACGGCAAGGAGAUCCUUGAUUAUUGUUCAGUGAAGAACUUCGGCUGCUCUGGUCUGACUCGGUCGCUUCAUAGCGUGGCAAUGAACGUACUGUGGAGAUCCAUAGACCUUAGACCCCUUUUGUCCUUGACGCGCAAGGCAAUACGUAAAGAGAAUCUAUCGGGGCAGGCAUGGGUUAAUGCUAUCAAGGGACUUCGACGCUCUAUCAGGGCUUCAGAAUACGAUCGGGUGCACAGUUACACCGCUCGUGUUCGCCACUUGACCUGCACUAAGUUCCCUCUGACACACCCCAACUUCUUCCCCAUAAUAGCAAUGGCUGGCGGAACACUUUUUCCACGUCUCCAGACCAUUACUAUGUCCAGCAGUGACCAGAUCCCGAACGGCAUUACUAGUCUUAUUUCACCUCGUAUGGAUGGUGCCUCAUUGUCGCUGAACAGCCAGGAUUAUAACAUUGUUCAAGUCAUUGGUCGCAUGGCACCGGAGCUCCGGUCUCUACACGUAGAGACUGCAGAGGCGUUUCCGAUUGUCAAACAAAGAGGAAUGUCUACAAGGGUCAUCUUACCUCAAAAGCUUUCGAAGAAUCAAAACGUUUUCCCCAAACUGCUCCAGCAUAGUGCACCUCACUUUCCAAACCUACAUUUCUUGUCAAUCCGUGCACCCUGCUUCACGUACUCCCCCGUCAUGGCACUUGAGGCGGUGUCAAAGUUCCCUGUCCUUGGAGAACUGCAUGUCUCUUUGUACAUUCCAAUGUCACCUGACUACGUCCCUCAACCCUACUCCUGUCCGCUCCCCAACUUGUCAUUUACCUUUCUGCGUACUCUUGUUAUCACGGAUGGCAAUUUACGAGGCCUAGUGACUCUCCUAGAUACCUUUGGGAAUCCCCUUACUCAGCUCGCACAUUUCAGGUGUAAGCUAGGCGAAUGUGACGCGGGUAGGGGAGAGGAUUCCCAGCUGAUGGCGGCAAUGGCCAACACCCUCUCCGCCAGCUGUCUCCGUGUUUUGGUCUUGGAGGAGAGCAGGUUAAUUCGUCAGGAAAAUAGGCCAAUGCCAGUACCGGCUUUCCGACGUCUCCUCAACUUAAAAGGCCUGACUCGUCUCAGGAUUGCUGUUGCGGCUGAUGUGCCGUUGAAUGAUACAGUAUUAUGCGAUAUCGGUGAUCAUAUGCGAUCGCUAGUUGACUUGGACAUUGAGCGACGCAAUUACACCUUGGAGGAAGUUGAAUGGGUGACCCUGUCAGGGCUCGCUUACUUUGUUGGCAAGGUGCAAAAUCUCCAAGCUCUCGGACUAGCCAUCAAUGGAGGUCAGAAGUCAUGCACUCAAUGGAGCCCAAGAAGAAGAGACAAAAAGAACGCUCUACUAACUACAUUGAAGGUUUACGUCGCUCCGAUUGACUUUACGUUGGUCAUGCUGAGGGGCUUGGUGGCUAUUUUCCCCAACCUUGCAUAUGUGGAUGUAGAUGAGGCUCGAGUCCAUGGACGGAAUGUUGAUGAGCGAACAGAGAUUAGGAAAGCCAAGGUGCGCUGGCAGACAAUGAGCCAAUUUCUCGAGGAAUGGAGGAGGAAUCCAAAGUCCAGGCCAUCCCGAUGGAUCCCUGAUAGGGACUAA